AGCGAACCAUUGGAUAGUCGUAUAGAAUGGUUGCCAUAGAAACUGAGCAUUUAAUCACAUAAAUGAUCGGUUGUUGUGAUUUUGAGUCGACAUUAAGACUGUGUUGUCGUGUCUGAAGUGAUCGCAAAUCACAUCCCAACCACUCGUUAAGAUCGCCAGACAAUGGGUUUAUUCAGCAGUAAUUCUGUUUUCGACGCUUUAGUCGAAAAGGCCACUUCGGAGACCAAUACCACCGAAGACUGGGCGCUAAUACUGGAGAUCUGCGAUCGCGUGGGAAGUGAUCCAAACGGCGCCAAAGACUGUAUGCGGGCUCUCAUC